UGCCACGUCAGCAACAGUGCCACAUCAGAAGUGCCACGUCAGCAACAGUGCCACCUCAGCAGUGCCACGUCAGCAACAGUGCCCCGCCACCAUGACGGGCUCAACUCUGGGCAUGCUAGGCCAACUGGCCAACGAGUCCAUUGCUGAGUACAAACAGCGGUUCCAGACUCACCGCUCAACUCUGGGCAUGCUAGGCCAACUGGCCAACGAGUCCAUUGCUGAGUACAAACAGCGGUUCCAGACUCACCUCGCACUGAUCGAGGCUCAGGAACAACGCCAGGUGGCAGCCGAGGCUGUCCGCCUACAGGCUGAAGCGGCGGCAACAGCUGAGAAGCAGCGGCUCCAGGCCGAAGCAGAUGCAGAUACCCAGGCACGCCGCAAGGAAGCCCAGGAUCUGCUACAGCGGCAUGAAGCCACCAGCAUCGAAAAACUCAAGUUUUCGCACUUUGAACCAUCCGAGGAGCACGACGACGCGACACCGGAGGAACAACACAAGGAAUUCAUGGCCACACUAGUGACUCGGUUGGUUUACACUAGUAACCACUUGCAGUCCGAGCUGGUGAACCUCCAGCGGGCCGUACGGAACCACAAGGCUCAACACGAGGAUGCAGCACGGGUACUUGACUCCCGUGUACAGGACUUGGAGCAAACUGCACCAAGACCGGAGGUUGGCGAGUCCGGCAGUGCACCCUCUGUCCGCCAACUGGAGGAACGCGUCGAUCACGUAGUGGCAAUGCUAGGUGAUAUUAGCACCUUCGCAGUGCCCGCAACCAUCAGCCAGCAGCUGGAUACACUGAAGACCAAGAUCAGGCAGCGACAACAGCCGUUUGGCCCCGAUCGCAGCACCAGCACGGCAAAGCAUUACAAGAUGUCAACGUUCCGGAUCGAGAAGUUUGAUGAUUACACACAUCAAGACCCGGUCGUGUGGUGGCAAGGAUUCACAACGGAGUUGGGGACUCGUGAGGUCCCCGAACAUCUGUUCAUCGGCGCACUGUUCCUUAACGCCAAGGGAGGAUGCCAGAUCUGGCUCAGCCAUAUGGCAACCGUCCACGGCGUCCAGGUCUUCGACCUACACAAGAAGGUCUCCUGGGAGGAUCUGACAAAAGAAUGGAAGAAGCGGUUCAUCAUUGACGGCGCCCCGACGCUCGCCAUUAACUGCAUCUUCACGAUAGCUCAAGGAAACACAGUGACACGUGAUUGGCUUACGGAUUGGCAGAAGAUCGUGGCGACGCCCGAUCUGGACUUGCCAUUUCCGCAUUUGCGCUGGGAGUUCUACAACCGGUCAUGCGCCGCUUUGAGCCUCGCACUUGGUGAUUGCGAGCAGUACAACACCUUCGCCAAAAUCAUCAACAAGGCGAGGGAGAUCAUCAAGACAAACAGGGCGGCUGCACACGAGAAGUCAACGUGGCAGCCAACCUAUGUGGAGAAGGUGAGAACUGGUCCACGGCCGCAACAUGUUGUUGCAGUCCAAACGGACAACAUUGUGGAAGACCCGGCAGCCACCCAAGCAUCACGUGAGGGAGAUCAGGUGGUUGCUGUCCAGCCGCGAAGCAACAACAAGUCCUGAGGGAACGGGAAGGCAAAAACCGCAUCGCCGGCCGGAAACGGACAGCCAGCACCAUGGGUCAAGUUUCACUUGACCGAG